UAAUUUUGUACAAAGUGUGAUCCAAACCCUGAGAUUAGCAUAUGUUUUUGAAAUCUACCACAUUUUUUUCUAGAUGCUGUCACACAGAAUUAGGAGUCCGAUCACUGUCCUUAAACCAAACAGAGUUUAAUGCAUGCACAAUUGUUCACGUGUGUUUUAGGCCAUUAACCAUAUAAACAAAACCGUCAUUGUGAAUACCUACACUACAGGAUUUUUCGGCAAAAUAUUCGCUGCAGGACUUUGUGAAAUACUUUAACUAUACUGUGCUUUAUCUAAAAAGAAAUUAUUCAUAAUUAAAUACACUGAUAAAAUGGCUUGCCGAUUGUGCUUAAAUAAACCGGUAGAGUUUUUGGAAAUCUUCAAAGACAAUGGUGAAUUAGUUGAAGGGGGUGCCAAAGAAAUUAUAGAGAAAUACUUCCAAAUUCAGAUUACAUUCAACGAUGAAAUCUCAAAUAAAAUUUGCUUGGUUUGCUGGCGUUAUCUAAACGAAUUCCACAAAUUUUGGUUGAACAUUAAAGAGAAGCAACAAACACUGCAAAUCGCUUUUGAUUGUAUGAGGAUGAAACGAGAAGCAUCGGAAGACAAUGCCUAUAGACAAAUAAAUGCAACACUUGAUGGAAAAAAUAAUAUAUUAUGUGAACCUGAGUUAAACAUAGAGGAUAUUAAAGGAGAAGAGAAUGUAGCUGUGGAUUUUGAUGAUGAUAGUAUGAAUGAAGAUCCGUCAUUGCUACUUCCAAAAGAUUCCGAUGAGACAGCAAACUUGUUACAAUUAGUUUUGGUGAAUCAAAAAGUGAUGUUGGAAAACCAAAAUAUCAUAUUGGACCGUAUGGACAGUUUCGAUAAAGGAUCACCUAACAUUUUGGGAACCGUCUCUAAUAAAAAAGUCAUGGCGGACGCAUUCUGUACAGAAUUAGAGUCCACUCUACCGCUGCGCACGCUGAAUGCAGCUAAAGAACUGGAACAUAAACUUGUAGACCAAGAAUAUCUCGAAGUAAUGAAAGCAUUUCUAUUACAUCUGAAGCCUGCAAAUGCAAGUGUUGAUCAUGUGUUCCGUGCGAUUUUUACUGAUGAUUUUAUAUUACGUUUCAAUUGGAAUGACUGUGGAAAGAGGAGAUCUUUGAACCAAUUUUCCAUCAUUAUGGGCGUAUUUUAUGCGCUUGAAAAAAUAAAUGAAAAGGAUAUUUGUAGAGGAGCCACAUUAGAGGAAAUAAAAAAAAUCUUACGGGAGGAAACUCGAACGAUCAUUGCAAAUAUGCGUAAAGAAAAUAAGGCGCUUGCGGACUGCUUUCGGAUGCAUAACGAUAGUCUAUGUGUGCAAAUGCAAGCAUUACAAAAAGAAACUGUUGAACAACCAGGUAAUUUUAAAGGUGAUCCGCCUGAUGGCCUUGAUCCUGAGGAAACCGAAAUACUCGACUUCCCCACCAGAAACAUAGAGGUGCUAAAGUCCAUGGAUGCUGAUAUAAAUGAGGACAGAAGAGGCAUCUUUGUAUCACACAAAUACACUAUUGAACAACCAGAUAAUUUUAAAAGUGACCCCCCUGAUCCCCUUGAAGUGCUCGACCUGUUCCCUAACAGAAACAUCCAGGUGUCAAAGUCUAUGGAUGCUGAUAUAAAUGAGGAGAACAGAGGUAUCUAUGUAUCACAAAAAUGCACUGUUGAACAACCAUAUAAUUUUAAAAGUGAUCAACCUCAUCCCCUUGAUCGUGAUGAAACCGAAGUACUCGACCUGUUCCCCAUCAGAAACAUAGAUGGGCUAAAGUCUAUGGAUGCUAAUAUAUAUGAGGACAACAGAGGCAUCUAUAUUAACGCACUGAAAUAUUUGAUUCAAUCGGGUGGUAUAAUAAAACAAUUGAGAGUUAUCUUAUCUGACGAAGUCAUCAUAGCAACUAACGUUGACGGUAAAAUUGGAAAAAUUGGGUUGAAAACAUUUUACAUGUUCUAUAGUGCGCUUAUAGAUGCAAUAGCAGCGACUGAGGUUAAUGACCCGCCUGAAACACAGCUGCGCAAGGCAGUAUUUUUGCAUAAAAAACGGGUUUUUAACCGAGCCAAAAGGCAUAGAAGAAAAUUACUUAAGUGUUGAAAAUACGAAUUGCUUUAUUUACUAUCAGUCAAGUAUUUAAAUUAUUUUAUAUCAAUUACCUGACUUAGUUA